UUUCGCAAGUGUCAGAGCAUCAGUGAUUUUUAACGUUAACACAAUGUCCAAACUUGUCUGUGUUACGUUGUUUUUGGGAUCAUUCCUGUUUGCAGUUACAAUUGCCAAUCAGCUUGAUUUCAUGAAGUUAUCCAAUCUGGUAUCGCUUUCAAAUAAUGGAUCAAGAGUUCGAGACUUAAUCAAGGAAACCACUGACAAGGCGGAAAUCCACCGUCAAAAACGGUCGGUGAACGCCAGCGUCAAAGUCACCAAGAUGAAUCAAACCGACUACCAACAGCUGGAGAUUCAGGGAAGUACGGACCAGGAUCCUAGGAAGAUGAAGGCUCGUGCUUGUUUGGUUCAGGACAACGAAGUGUACUGGCUGGAGCUCGUGUCGAGCGCGUUGGUCCAGAUCAUGCAGGAGAUGAAGCACGUCCUGGAGGGAAAGAAGGUGGCAAUGAAGAUGACCAAGGGACCGUAUGAGGAGUCCAAACAAGCUUCCGAGAAAGCCAGAAUGAGGCAUUGAUUUGAUUUUUAAGUCAACUUUGACGAUGAAUUUGGUGUUGGGAAUAAAAUAAAUUUAAAAAAUAUA